CAAUGCUUUCAGAUAAAGAGAAAGAUGGAAAUCUACCUGGUUCUAUUAACGACACUAUCAAUUUAGUUGAUAAGCCAGCAAUCGCCAGCGGAAGACUGACAAGAUGUCGAAUGGGCGAUUUCCUAAAACAAGAUAUCGAAAAUCCCGUAGUUCUUCCAUUGUAUCCUAGCUCUCAGCAUCAUACAAACUAUCCCUUGAAAAAUCUCAAGAUGUACCAAACGAUGGAGUUCCCGUUUUAUUCAUUUGAUACGGCUGCUGUCAAAGCAAUGAAGACUAUUGCAACGAUUGGCUCUGAGGUACCUGUUGUUGUGUUUGAGAUUCCGAGGAAUCUGGAUUCAUUGAAGUUACACUGGAGUAGGUGGAUGCCCUAUUAUAAAGAAUGUACGGAUAUCAGGCUUCUAAAUGAUGACAAUCUUGCUAAGAUUGAUGACGGUUCGUUAUUUACCUUGCUCCCAUGUGAACAAAUCCCAGCUCAGAAGCACACGAUUGAUCCUGAUACAUUCUACGAGAUUUACUCUAAAGCUUUUAUCCCAAAAAUUGAAAUCAAACAACCAAGAGACAUGAAUAAAAAAGAGGCAAAGGCUCCAUGUGUGAUCAAAGUUCCAGUUUCUCAAGGUGGGACUGGUGUAAAUAUUGUUACAACUGACAGGGAAAUUCUUGAAUAUGAAGAAUGUGUCGCGAAACGUGAUUGGAAAGGAGAACUGAUCUAUCAAGAACUUUUAACUGAUAUUGUAGCUGAUCGAGGAAUUCAGGCGUAUCUUCGUAAAGACGGAUCUGUCCAUCUCGGUUGUACCUACGUACCAUCUUUCAAUGAUUCUGGAAAAUGGUCUGGUGCUAUAUAUUAUAGUACACAAGAAGUUGAUCCCACAAGUCUCCGUCUAAUAAGAUUUUGUCAACCUGCAUUAAAGAAGCUCCGCGAUAUGGGCUACUUUGGGUACGUUAGUUUUGACGUGAUUGAAACACGAAGCAGUGAGCUCUUUCUACUCGACAUAAAUCCCAGACUCGGGGGAUCCAACCAACAUAUGUCAAUGAUGGACGGCAUGGCAGAUAAGGGGUUCCCGGUAUCGAUGUAUGAGGAAUCACUCAAAUUGACAAUCACUGUAAAGGAGUUGAUAUCAAGAGCAGAUUUCUGGAACAACAGUAAGGACAGUGUAGUUAUCGUACUUGCAGCACAAGCUACGGAGAACGACACAUUGCUUACUGCGAUCUCUCUCUUUGCGAAAAAUAAGGACCACCUACUAAGUGCCCAAAAUGAUGUAUUUGGUUAUUUCCGGGACUAA